AUGGAUGAUAAUACAGCUAACAUAAUUGGAUCUCAUGAUAAUAUUUUGACAGACCCAAGGAUAGCACAAGAUUGUAGUGCUGAGACGGAUGAAUUGUUGAAUAAAGCAGAACAAUAUUGCAAGGUUGGAGAUUUUGAAAUUAUUUUGGAGGAACUUAUAGUGCUAGAAAAAAAAUGCAGACAAUCAUAUGAUGGUAUAUCUACUAGUAAGAUAUGUUGCUUUAUUCUUAAUAAAUAUAAAGAUCUUGGAAACUAUAGUAAGGUGAAUGAAUAUCUGAUAUUUUUUAACAAGAAAAGAGGUCAAUUAAAAAGAACAAUAAUAGAUAUAAUAAAUUUAUGUAAGGGAUGGAUAGAAGAUAUUUCAAAUAAAGAAGAUAAAUUAAAUUUAAUAAAUACAUUAUGUAUUGUUAGUGAAGGUAAAAUAUUUGUAGAAGUAGAAAGAUCUGAUGUCAUGCGUAUGUUAUCAAAAAUAAAAGAAGAAGAUGGUAAUAUUGAAGAAGCAGCUAAUAUAUUACAAGAUGUUCAAGUAGAAACUUUUAUAUCAAUGAAUAAAAGAGAUAAAACAGAAUAUAUAUUAGAACAAAUGAGAUUAGUAUUAUUAAGAAAAGAUUUUAUUAGAUGUCAUGUUAUAAGCAGAAAAAUUAAUCCCUCUUUAUUAAAUACAGAAGAAUUUGCUGAUUUAAAAUUAAAAUAUUAUAUGUAUAUGAUCCAAUAUUAUAUUAAUGAAGAAUCUUAUUCUGAUGUAGCCAAAUGUUAUGAAGAAAGAUUUCAUACAGAUAUUGUUUUAAAUGAUCGAAAUUUAUGGAUUGAUGAAUUAAAAUGUUAUAUUUUAUUUUUAAUAUUAUCACCAUAUGAAGAACAACAAAAUAAAUUAUCAAAUUUAUUAAAAAUGCAAAAAAAAAAAUUAAAAGAAAUACCUAUAUAUCAAAAUCUUGUACAAGAUUUUAUUGAACAAGAUUUAAUACAAUGGCCUUUACCAUAUGAAGAAGAAUUAUUUACAUUCUUUAUAUUUAAUGAUUCCAUAUUUCUAGGAGGACAAAAGAGAAAAGAUUUCUUUAAAAAAAAAGUAAUGCAUCAUAAUAUACAUAUUAUAUCUAACUGUUAUGAUCAAAUCUCUUUAAAUAGAUUAGCUCAGUUAUUAAAUGCAUCUGUUCAAGAAUCUGAAAAUUUAUUAUCAGAAUUAGUAUCUGGAAAAUUUAUCAAUUCUAAAAUAGAUAGAUUAAAUGGUAUUAUAAAAUUUGGACAAAAAAAUAAUCCUGAAAAUUUAUUGAAUUCAUGGUCUUCACAAAUUAACGAUAUAUUAGAUCUACUAGAAGAAUCCUCACACUUAAUACAAAAAGAAAGAAUGUUACAUGAAGCAAAGUUAAAAAGAAUACAACUUGAAAAUAAAAAUAUGACACUAUAA